AUGUAUUUACUGACACUACUUGCCCUUAUCGGGUCGGCGUUCGCCGUACCCUUGACAGAAUUGUCGGAACAGAGCCAUGCUGAAAGAUACGUUCUACCCAAAACUGUGUUGCCAUCAUUCUACGACGUCGUUCUCUUCCUGGACCCCGACAAUGAAGCAUACUUCGAAGGAUCAGUUGACAUCAGGGUCAUUCCCCUAGUUGCAACCAAUGAAAUAGUUCUACAUGCUAUGGAGAUGACAAUCGACCCAUCUAAUAUUGAAGUGUUCACUGAUACCCAACCUUCAAACAAUUUAUUCAGUUCACACACAUUGGCUUCUGAUGACACACAUUUACUCAAGAUUCAGUUGAGAGAAACAGUACCAGCUGCUCGUGUACACACCAUAAGGAUCAAAAACUUCAGAGGCCAAUACGCAAGUAAUAUGUUUGGUAUUUAUGUGUCCACAUACGCAAAUGCCGCAGGUCAGACGGAAAAACUCAUUACAUCACAACUGCAGCCUACUUUUGCCCGCCGUGCGUUCCCAUGCUUCGACGAGCCUUUCUUCAAGGCCAGGUUCAGGACUACCAUUUACACCCGACCCAGUUACACCGUGGUUGAGAGUAACAUGCCCUUGAGGCCUGCUGAUAAUUUGUUGAAAGAAGCAGUUCAGGGAUGGGAUAAACAUGAGUUCCAAGACACCCCAGUGAUGUCCACAUACCUACUGGCGUACCUUGUCUCGAACUUCCAAUCAGUUAGCAACGCUAACGCACCCAUCUUCAACGUGCCAUUCAAAAUUUGGUCCAGGCCUGGUACUCAGACUUCUGCAGCAUUUGCCCUGGAAUUCGGUCAGCAGAACAUGAACAAGCUAGAAGAAUACGUUGAGUUCAAAUAUGAUUUCCCUAAACUGGACAAAGCCGCUGUUCCUGACUUUGCUGCUGGUGCCAUGGAGAAUUGGGGACUGGUCAUUUACAGAGAAGUGGCUCUUCUGGUGACUCCGGGAGUGACAACCACCGCUGCAAUGCAAAAUGUUGGUAGAAUCAUCUGCCACGAGAAUGUUCACCAAUGGUUCGGUAAUGAAGUCAGCCCUGUCUCUUGGACUUACACCUGGCUCAACGAGGGCUUCGCUAACUUCUUUGAAAACUUCGCUACUGAUUUGGUGAGACCUGAUUGGCGUAUGAUGGAUCAGUUCGUCCUGGCUCUCCAGAACGUUUUGCAGUCUGACGCUGUCCUCAAUGUGAACCCCAUGACCCACCCUGUCUACUCACCAUCUGAAAUCAUUUCAACUUUCAAUGCUGUGGCCUAUCAGAAAUCUGGUUCCGUGAUUCGUAUGAUGCAGCAUUUCCUUACACCAGAAGUAUUCCGCAAGGGAUUAGCCAUCUAUAUCAAAAAACAUUCUCGAGAAGCAGUCGUCCCCUCUCAACUGUACACUGCUCUCCAACAAGCUUUGGAUGAGUCUGAACAUUCUAUUCCUUUCCCCUUAAUCGAAGUGAUGUCUCGAUGGGUAUACCAGGGUGGUUUCCCAGUCCUGACCGUUACACGAAGUGCUGCAACUGCUCAGUCAAUCGUUGUGGCACAGGAACGUUACCUCACAGACAAUAAGCUGACAUCUCCAGACCGCUGGCACGUACCCAUCAACUGGGUCCUGUCCACAAACCCUGAUUUCUCAGACACCAAGCCACAAGGGUGGGUACGUCCCACCUUCCCUGCACUCUCCUACGACAUUCCCGGCCUGGCACAAGCUAGUUGGUACAUCCUCAACAAACAGCAGACUGGUUACUAUAGAGUGAACUACGAAACUUCGAACUGGGUUGCGUUGGCGACCGCAUUGGAUAUCGACCACAAUGUAAUCCAUGUUCUGAACCGUGCCAAUCUCUUGGACGACGCUUUCAACCUGGCCAGAAAUGGACGUCUCAAUUAUCAAGUUGCCCUAAGCUUAUCCAGGUACUUGGUCAAGGAGGAAGACUACAUUCCAUGGGGUGCCAUCAAUCCUUCAAUCACUUACCUCGACUCAGUCCUCAGUGGAUCAAGCAUUUACAAUUUAUUCCAACAAUACAUUCUCCAACUGACAGCUCCAAUGUAUGAGAAACUUGGAUUCAUAGCAGGUAAUCAAGAAGAACACGUAACUCCGUACCAUAGGAAUAUCAUUUUGGACCUGAACUGCCGUUACGGUAAUUCUGACUGCACCAAUACUGCUCAGAGUCUACUCGAAACCUUCAAGGAUAAUCCAAAUGAGCCCCUCAACUCUGACAUUCAGAAUCUGGUGUACUGUGCUGGUCUUCGUGGAGGCAGCGAAGAGAACUUCAACUUCCUUUGGACCAGAUACUUGAACAGCCAAGACCACAGCGAGCAGUCUAUUCUUCUGAAUGCUCUUGGAUGCACCUCUAAUGCGGAACGUCGUUCAUUCUACCUGAACCAAGUUAUCAGUGACUCAUCUCCUGUAAGAGAACAGGAUAGACACACAAUCUUGGUGUCUGUCACCAACGCCAGUCCCGAGAACACAGAGGCUGCUCUUGACUUCGUCGUUGAGCACUUCGCGGCCAUCCAACCAAGAGUACAAGGUUUGACUGGUACCACGAACAUCCUGAACGCAUUCGCCAGAAGACUUACAACUCCAGAACAUUCGAACAAGAUCGAUGAGCUACACAGUCGCCAUCAAGCCAUUUUCACCGCCGGAGAGUUGGCUUCAAUCGCUGGAAUCAGAGAAAAUAUCGCUGCCUCUAUUACUUGGAAUAAUGAAUACGCAGCAAUUGUCGAGGACUGGUUCCAGGACAACUUUGGCGGCGAUGAUGGCAGCGGCGAAGACCCUGAUGAUGGCAGCGGCGAAGACCCUGAUGAUGGCAGCGGUGAGGAUUCCCCUGAUAGUGCUCCCGCCCUAGUAUCAGGCCUUGUAAUCUUAAUUUCGUUCGUAGUAUCAUUUUUCAAUCACUAA